CAAUGUCAUAUAUUCAUUGAUAUUACUUAUUUGGGAUUGUUUUGUUGUAUAGUGUGUAUACAAAAAACGUUGUUUGUGAGUAAAAUUUCGCUGUUUUCCUUAAAAUGUCUUCAUCAGACUCAGAGGACGACUGCUACGGUAACGUAGCAAGAAAGUUACAGCAAAUGAAGAACAAAUACGUAGAGAAUAAAGUUGAAUGUAGUAAUCUCCUCAACGAAUCGUCGGAAAUCGAAGAGAUUGUGAAAAAAGCUGAUUUUGGCGCCAAAACUGACACGAAUACAAUUGUGAAUAGUGAAAAAGUGAACGAUGUUAGUUUCGAUUUUUCAGAUGAUCCCGAACUCGAUAGUUUAAUCGCAGGAUCGUACAAAAGAGUAACUCGUGCUUCAUCUAGAAGAACUAAGAACGAUACUCAAGAAGUAUCAGUUCCAACUAAAAGGAAAAGUGAUGAAGGUACAUGCGAAACUUCAAGAGGCCGGAGAGGUCGAGAAAGAGGGAAACGUGGCCAAAAUGUGGGUAAUGACAGUAUUUGCAAUGACAGUGAAAGUGGAAGUCAAAAUGAAAGUAGAGGUAGAGGCAGACGAGGCAAGGCGACGCCUCGAGGCAGGAGAGGUCGAGGUAGAAACAGAGCUAUCAAUAAUUUUCUUUCACAUAAUAAUCAGUUGCCAGUGUCUGACAUCCAUCCUGCCUAUCCAAUUUAUAGUGUUGGUAACACUGAUGAGUAUCCUGACCAAUGCGAAGAUCAAGGCUUAUUCAGCAAGAAGCCGCAGCCAAAAAAAGAUAUCGUUGUUAUAGAUGACGAUGAUCCUUUAGACGAAAACGAAGAACUAUCCGUAAAAGUUUACUGGCAAAGUUCGGAAUUUUUCAAAUUCACAAUACGUAAAUAUCAGAAAAUCACGUCGAUAUUUGAUUAUUUUGCUAAAAAGGAGAAUGUCAGUCAUGAUAAACUAUUUUUUAUGUUCAACGAUUGUAUAUUGAAGCCCGAUGAUACUCCGGACUUGAUAAAAUAUAACAUAGCUAAGUUUAUAGACGGGGGGAUAGUGAACCAAAGUAUUGCCAAUUUAGUUACAAAGGUCAAGGGAAAUGUAACAAAUGGCAUCAAAUUGAAGUUCCAAUGUCAAAACGUAAAGAAACCCUUUGAGACUGUUGUGGGAUUGGCUGAGAAACUGUCCGUCGCCAUGUUGAAAUGUGCUGAACAUUUUGACAUCAGUAUUGACAAGUUAAGGUUUGAAUUUGAUGGUGAUUUAAUAUCAGGCAAAAAUACCGCACAAGACUUGGACCUAGAAGGCGGGGAAUGCAUUGAUGUCAAAAUUGCCAGCUGAUAAAUAUAAAUGUAUAUAAAUAUAUAAUUACGUAUCAGCAUUCCCAAUGAGUGGUGACGUCAGGCAGGCGGCCGGUCAUAAAAAGAGCUGAAUUUAUGAAAUUAAGUUUAUUUAUUAUAGUUCCUGUCUACGACUCCGCCCGCGGCAGAAAAGUAGCAUAUGUCACACACCAAACAUCACUUCAAUCCAAUGUUCCGUUUUGAAAAAACAGACAAACACACAUCGAUAUCUAUACAUAUAAUAAAACUGUAAGUGGGCUAUGUUUGUACAUAU